AAAAAAGGCUUGAUUUUGAAAUAACAAAAAAGGCUUGAUUUUCAAGCCAUGUUAAGACCAAUGGAAGAUGAAUAUAUGAAAAUUGUGGAAGAGGAAUUGGAGCUGGCCAAAAGAAGGAUAGAUGCCAGAAUGAAGAGUAGCUGUUGGAAUGAUGCGAGCACGAUGAAGCUGGAGUUUAGGAACAGGAUUGCUCGAAUGAUCUUGACCAGAGAGGAGAUCAAAGGAGAAGGAGAUGUUCCUAUAGAGGUGGCUCUUGUUGAUGAUGUGACAGGAGAUGUUGUAGUUGAUGAACCUGAGGCCUCUGCCAAAGUCGAAUUCUAUCUUCUCAAUGUUUCUGGAGCUGAAGAAUCGAUAGUCCCUCCAGAGGAAGGUAAAAAGGCUAUUCUUGCAGGAAAUGAACCUCUGCAGCUACACAGAGGCGUUGCUAAAAUCAACAACCUCAAGAUCAGAAACAAGGCCACCAAGAUUAAGCCACCCGUGUUCAAGCUAGGCGCCAGGGUUGUUGGUGCUUCUGUUCGUGUCAAGGAAGCCAAGACAGAGGCCUUCACCCUCAAAGAUUUUCGCAUCAAAUAUUUCAAGAAGCACAAGAAUCCAUCUCUAUCUGAUCAAGUAUCGCGUUUGGUGUUUAUUCGCAGAGGUGGUAAGAUCAACGAACGUCUUCAAGACAACAACAUCUACACCGUGGAGGAGUUUCUGAUUCGACUUCUCAUAGAUCCUCAAAGCCUCAAGAGUAUUGUGAAGACCCAAGCAAAGAAGUGGAAGGCCAUUGUGAACAAUGCUCAAGCAUGCCUAAGCAGUGAAAGGGUGUACUGUUACAUAGACCCGAAGCAGAAGACAGGUGUCGUCUUCAACAUUCUAGGACGCGUGCAAGGAUUAUGUUGGGGCAGCCACUACUCUCAGACAAGCACGCUCUCUGAAAAACAUAAGGUUGAUGCUGAGAAACUGUUAGCCUCUGCUUACCAAAACUGGAAUGAAGUGAAGGGCUUCGAUGAUCAGAAUUCUGUCCAACAACAUUUACAUGAGUUAGUUGAAAUGGUGGGGGAAUCGACCUCAGCAAUGAACUCGUGCGGGGAAGAUGUAGUUGAUGAAAUAGACGUUGUAUAUGAUGCUGCGUUGCAAUUACUUCACGCCUGGCCUUGCAGUCCGAGCCUCUUUGAAGGCUUGAGGAGCGAGUCGAAUGGUGAUGAGCCUCGGAUUGUUGAUGGUAGUGGCAAUUCACCAAGAAUGUGGAGAAAAGUGGUGUGUGUAUCCAAAUGGUUAUCUCUGAGGAGAAGAGUGGCCUUGUUGCAUCCUACCCCGACUCCAAAGAAGCAGAGGAUCGUUUAACGACACGUAUUUUAUAUACGAGGCUGGUUAGCUGCCCGGUGAAAACUGUGCGCAGGACGAGUAACAUUUAUACACCACAAAUUUUUUUCUUCUUUUUUAGGCUCCCAAAAUGGGAUUUUUUUUUAUUUUUUUUUUCGGAUUUGGUAAUCCCGAGUUUGGGAAACUAGGCUUUAAAGCCAAGUUUCUUUAAGUUUGAAGUUUAAUGAAUAUCCAAGCAAUACAAACGCAUUGGGCAAAAAUUUAUUUA